ACUGGAUGACGCGGCGACGACGGUAGUGCAUUGCAUCGAGUUUGAUCACACGGAAGACGCCCUCUUUCGGACCCUGCCCCACCACUACAUUCGGACGCGGUACGCGACGGGCGGCACGGGAGACACCACUGCGAUGGAGCACCCGCUGGGGCUGUUUCACGCCACCAUGAACCAACUAUGAUGAGAGUGCACGACUGCUCGUGGCCCCGAUACCCCUCAUGUGUAUGUUGGUGUGAACCAACUGGAAUACAAACGCCACCAGCGCUCCUGGAGCCUAUGCAUGACAAGUUCACGGGCCGAAGGUAGUACUUUUAUUUUGGGCUUUCGAAAUUUCUCAUGCAGUGCCACAGUGCAGCAAUUGGAAGUAGUUGGUAUGCGGUUUUGCAGCACCUGCAUGAAAGGGAGAGGGGAGCAAGCAGUUAUGCGGUCUCUUCAUACCAACUGGGCGCCGCAUUGGAAGACUGGAUUCAUGUGUCCGGCUCCAUGUUCUACACGUUUGGCCAGUGGAACUGCUUUCAGCAGGCCUACGUCUUCCUCGCACUUCUCGUCAUGGAGCUGCCGGCGGGGGGCACCACACCCGAUCAUUAUCGCAGCAAUCCGCUCGAUGCGGUGCGCGAAGAAAACGCGGCCGCCCGCGAACGGCUUGAGGCAGCAUUUACGGG